AUGAAGAUUUUUAGUCUCUCCUCGUCGCUGCGGCUGUUUGCCCUUCUGGCCGUUGUGGUGCUCGUAGCAGCGCAGGAUGCAUCUACAACGACACCGCCGGCGUCAACACCCUCCUCGCCUGCACCUACGCCCACGUCGACUCCAACGCCGGCUUCUGGCGGAGGAGGCGGAGGAGGCGGCAGCAGCGGCGGUGGUGGCAGCGGUGGUGGCGGCGUCGGGGCGGGUGACUACGGCGACAACCCGCCCGACGUGCUGCUGCGCGUGCCGGACCUGUCGGUCGGCCGCAUCGAGCUGGACGUGGACAACCUGCGGGCCGAGGUCAACCUGGCGGCCGAGGUGGCGAACCUGGUGUCGAUCAACGUGGGCGUGCAGGUGGGCAUCACCAAGGUCAACAUCACCAUCGCCGACGUCAAGGCCGAGCUCGAGCUGGUGAUCCGGCUGGGCAACCUGGUCGACAUCGUCAACCGCACGCUGGCGUCGCUCGACCUCAACCCGCUGCUCAUCAACCUGCUCAACGACGUCACCGACGUCGUCGACUCGGUCGUUGGCGCCGUCGACGGCCUGCUGGGCUCCAUCGUCCAGGGCAACUCCAAGCUCAACUUCCUCAUCGACAACCUCGGCAACAUCGUCCAAGAGGUCGUCGGCGACGCCGGCAGCGUCCUCAGCUCCAUUGUCGGCAACUACCAGAACAACAUGACCUUUACGGGCGUCUCCAAGGAGCUGGGCAACGGCCUCACCCAGAAGACGUACAAGUACGACAACCUCGGCAGCCUGGUCAAUAUCAUCUUCAACACCCUCGGCCAGGUCGUGCAGGCCGUCGUCGUUGGCAAGGACGGCAGUGGCAGCGGCAGCGGGGGCGGUGGCGGCAGCUCGACUACCUCGGCCGCCACCCCGCCUCCCACGUCGUCUGCGUCCAGCUCGCCUGCCCCGUCCCCGACUAGUUCCGCUGGGUGA